CCUCCUCCUCCUCGACAGUCACGGAGUCGAUAACGCAUCGUCUCGCACUUUACUAAGUUAGCUGCCUCUGCACAUUGUGACUACGUAGUACUAUGUCGCGCGCCCGCCGUGACUGCCCGCCAAUGCCUCCCGAGGUUUGGCACCACAUUGAAUCAUACCUCUUGGCGAUGAAAGACUUGUGUACGUGCCGCCUCGUCUCGCGUGCUUUAAAUGGCUUCGCAACGGACAAGGCAUUCCGCGAGAUCUCAAUCCGCGUCAUUGCCGACGAUUUAGCAAGUCUCAAUACUACCAAUCAACGACACUUCGCCAGGACGUCGGGCAUCCUCGAUCACAUUCUUUCCAACGCGUUCUUUGCUUCUCUGAUCAAACAUCUGGAUGUCUAUACCGUGGGCGACUGGGGUUCGCACAUGAACCAGGUCGCUCGAGCAAUCCAUGUUCUUCCGUCAAUGGAGUCGUUGACGUGGGGUGGGGCGAGAUCUACGCGGCUAGACAGGAUUAUCGAUGGCCUUGAUACGUGCCUCCCACCGCGGCAUAUGCAGUCUGUUCCCACGGUACUCCCAAGCCUCCACUAUCUUCGAAUGUUGUAUUUCUGCCCUACUGAAGUACCCUUGGCUCGCCUUCCAAACCUACUCCACUUGGAGAUCUCCCUCAUACAUUCUUCCAGCCUCGCUAAUCUCACUGCGGCGGUUCGUCGUGUUCCUCAACUCCAGUCUCUCUCCCUCCUCCGUAUCGAACACAACAUAGAAGAUGUGAUCUCUGAGCUCAUUUCCGCCAUCUCACACCUGCCCAACCUCACCGCGCUCGUGAUGUCCAACUUCACGCACUCUGAACGCCUCACGGCUUCCGCCUGUGCCCAAUUGUGCGCGGCUCUCCGUGGUCGCGCCCGGCUCCGUCGUCUUUUCUGUGAAUUCCGCGUCCAAGAGGACGAACGGGCGGCAUACCUUGAUAUGCUGUCGACGCUGGAAAACCUUGAGAUAGUCAAUCUCCAUACAAAUGGCGAGCUCACCGCUCGUGAGCUUACGGCCCUCCAGCGCUACCUUCCCAAGCGACUUGCCGUACUCUGGCUUACAUACUCCGCGACAGAGCCGCUCAGCCCAGAGACAUUGGUGACCUUCUGGCGGCACUUCUCAAAUGUCACCUUCCUGUCUCUCACCAUCUACUCGGGCCCUCAGGCUGCCCUGGCGGUAGACGAGGUCAUCCGUGACGCGAGCAGGAGCCUACGGUUCCUGGGACAUUGCGGGGAAUUCUAUGACGUGCGGUUCCCGGAGGGUCGGCCGGUUGCAAGUGUAGCAUGGGAUCAUGGUGGCAUCAAAGAGACCGGGUGUGAGCGGUGGGACUGGACAAUGCGGUACCUCUAUCAUUAAGGUACUCUUUCAUCGCGCGCUUGUCAGUCUCGAAGCUUCGGCUACGACGCGAGCAAGGAUAUGUGGCCCUCGAAUAGCUUGCCUUCCUUUUGUGAAGGCAACGAGGGGCACGGCGCGAUCG